AUGAAGACUAUCAUGAAGGCCACAGCUUGUAUAAGAAGGGAGUACGGAGUCAUCUUCCUCUUUCUGGCUCUCUUUGUCUCGAUCUAUGUGCUACGUAACAUGGAUGUUCUGGAGCAUAAAGUGAAAUCCCCCAUCAUCGUCCCAAGAGUUUCCACUGACCCUGACAUGAAUCGCAGCUUCUGCAAUUUCCAACCACUGUCCCGUGAGGAGGCUCUAGAGGAACGCUUCCUACUAGACUCCAUUGCUUGGCCUGAAACUCCACCUUUAACAGCUCCUGCUUCCCUGGAGCAGACCAGCGAUCCAGCUCACAGCAACUUCACCAUUCUCCCAGCGAGGGGAGGAGGACAGUGGCACGUAGGGGAUCAGCUGGAGGUUAUGAUACAGAUGUCUGACUUCAAGGGCCGGCCCAGGAAGUUUGGGGGGGACUUCUUACUCGCCAAGCUGCACAACCGGAAGCUUGGUGCAGGUGUGGUUGGGCAAGUGGUGGAUCAUCUCAAUGGGAGUUACUCUGCUGUAUUCUCUUUACUCUGGGAAGGAGGCGCGCAGGUUGAGGUGAUGCUGGUUCACCCCGUUGAGGUUAUCCCAGUGCUGAACAGGCUGAACAGCGAACAGCCCGACAGGAUUUACUUCAAUAGCCUCUUCCGCUCAGGCUCAGUCUCUGAAACUUCCAUCUGUAACGUCUGCCUACGUCCAACCCAGCCUCUGUGCAACUACACUGACGUCCGUACAGGCGAGCCUUGGUUCUGCUACAAGCCAAAGAACCUGAGCUGUGAUGCCAGGGUCAACCACGCCAUGGGAUCAUACAAACAAAGCAUCAAGGCCGAGGAGGAGAAGCUCUUUCGAAGCGGUGUUAACUUGAAAGUCUACAUGCGGUCUUCAGGACCUGCCAGUGUCACUGUGUUGCCACAAAAGGAAGCUCAACCAAAGGUGCAAAGCAACAGUGUGACAUCUGCUCCUUCUGGUUAUUACUACCGGGAUGUGUGGCGAGCACUAGAUGGCACGAUAGUUCAUCAAUUCAACACUACUGCCAUGAUUCAAUGUCUGAAAGGAAAGGUGGUCCACAUGUAUGGAGACUCCACCGUCAGGCAGCUGUUUGAAUUCCUCAACGCAGCUCUACCAGAUCUGAAGGAGUUUGACCUGCACAGCCCGAAGAGAGCCGGACCUUACAUCUCCUUGGACUAUGCAAACAACAUCUUGUUGACGUCCCGCUUCCACGGCCCUCCUAUCCGUAUUGUCGUCGUCUCAACCAGCGAGCUUCGGUACAUUGCCAAUGAAAUAGAUGGCUUAAUUGGAGGCACCAACACUGUCGUAUUUUUUGGCAUCUGGGCUCACUUCGGCACUUUCCCGAUGGAGAUCUACAUCCGGAGGCUGCAGAGCAUCCGCAGGGCGGUGGUGCGGCUGCUGGACAGGGCUCCAGGCACACUGGUCGUCAUCCGAACCGGGAACCCAAAAGCUCUGUCGCUUUUUAUCUCGCUAACCAACAGCGACUGGCACUCGUGGCAGUGUAACAAAGUGCUCAGAGCCGUGUUCAAAGGACUGAAUGUUCAUCUGAUCGAUGCCUGGGAGAUGACCCUGGCCCACCACCUGCCGCACGACCUUCACCCAGCACCUCCUAUUAUUAAGAAUAUGGUUAACGUUCUCUUGUCCUACAUGUGCCCUCAAAAGGGUGUAUAGAUGUGUGUUUGUUUGGGAGGGGGAGUGGGGAUUAAAGCACAUGCUGAGUUUA